UCGAGGAUUACUUCAUUGAUUUAAAGGAACGAAGAAGCUAUUGGAUCGUUAAAAUGGCACCAAAGCAGAGAAUGCGUAUUGCCAAUGAGAAGGCAACCAAAAAUAUAACAUUGAGGGGAAAUGUACCAAAGUCAUCGAAAUCGACAGAAGAAGGAUCCCCAGUUGGACCCUGGCUCCUGGCUUUAUUCAUAUUUGUUGUUUGUGGAUCAGCUGUUUUCCAAAUAAUCCAAAGUAUUCGGAUGGCGUAGGCAGAUUUUUGCAUAUCCCGCAUUACUGUAACUUAAGGAAAAAAUGACCCAUUUACAGAUAAUUCCAUAUUGACUUUAUUGACUGGAAAAUUAUUUCCAGCAUGAAUCGACAAAUUCCGAGACACUUGUCCACCAACAAUUACUGAAUCGCUACAAUUUCCAGAACUAUAAAUAUAUAUCUUUUUUUGCAUUGUGCAUAAACUGAAAACUUUAUAAUCAAUGUAACAUUAAUUUUUAAGUAUCUCUUUAAGAAUGAUUUCUCAAUAGUCAUAAUUAUUUCUAUUCCAUCAAUGGAAGAUGCGCUCAGGAGAUUUAGAGCGUUAUAACGUUUUGUGCAAUUUAGUCCGUUAACAUGUUCCUUUUUUACGAAAAAUUUUAUAUUGCAGUAGUGAAUUUCCAUACUUAUAGAAAGAGUUAUGACGAUGAGAGAUGAAUAAUUCAUUGAGUUUCUUCCACUGAUGAAAAUGAAGUUCAUAAUUGUAAAUGAAUAAAAUAUAUAUGCUUUUGAAUAAUUCACAAA